AUGAGUAUGGCAGAAUUAUUUGAAAAAUGCGUGUCCUUCAUCAACGGACUUCCCGCAAGUGAAAUAAUCUCCGUUGAAAAUAAAUUACUUCUGUACAAAUACUUUAAGCAAGGCACAAUUGGAAACUGUAACAUAGGUGCACCAAGCAUGUUUAGGCUCCAGGAAAGAAAAAAAUAUGAAGCAUGGAAAUCAAUUGAAAAUUUGAGCAAGGAGGAAGCAAAGAAGAAGUAUGUCGAAACGGUUCAGAAUUUGUACCCAGACUGGGAAAAGGAAAUAUAA